UCUCUCCCUCAGAGAAUAUAUCCCACUCUCUGAAUUCUCUCUCUCUCCACUCUCUCUCGGUCUGUGUAGAUCUGUGGUGCAGAAAUGCAAGAACAACCCACGAGCUCCAUUGCAACGAGCUCUUUACCUUCAAGCAGUGAAAGAUCUUCCAGCUCUGCUCUCCAUGCUGAACUCAAAGAAGGUAUGGAGAGUGAUGACGAGAUCAGGAGAGUGCCGGAGAUUGGCGGAGAGGCCGCCGGCGUGUCAGCAUCAGGCCGAGGCGGCAGUUCGGUGGCCGGUCCGGGCCGGGUUCAGGGCUCAGCAGAGGGUCCAAGGAAGAGAGGGAGAAGCCCGGCUGACUUAGAAAACAAGCGGCUGAAGAGGCUGCUGAGGAACAGAGUGUCUGCCCAACAAGCAAGAGAGAGGAAGAAGGCAUACUUGGGUGAGUUGGAAUUGAGGGUUAAAGAGUUGGAGAAGAAGAACUCUGAGCUGGAGGAGAGGCUGUCCACUUUGCAAAAUGAAAACCAGAUGCUUCGACAAAUAUUGAAGAACACAACAGCUGGCAUGCAGGAGGGGAAGAAGUAGAUUUGGAUGAGUUUUUUUUGUUGCCAGAUAAAGCAUUGGAAAAGGGCAAUACGGACUGUUAGGCUUGCUUUAAACACGCUACAAAGAUGGAGAGUAACCUUUGAAGUGGUUAAAUACAAAGUCUAAAAUUUGAUAUUCAUGAUUUAAUUAAGAUGGAUUUAAUUCGCCCAAAUAAGUUUUUCCCACGCAUGAAGGAUGAUUGAUACGUGAAACCAAGCUAAUCAAAUACUUUUGUAAAAUGUGCAUCUUUGAACUACCUUUUAUAUAUUUACUAUUAUUUUAUUUUA